CUCCAGCCAACGCGCCUUCCGUUGAAGAUCAAGACCGAGACAAAGAGUCGCCAGAAGAACCCUAUUCGCGCACCCAGUUGCCGGAUGGUUUUUUCUGUGCUCGCUGCUUCAGGGUAAUUUUCGAGACGGAUUAUGGAAGGUUUGCCGCACUACUCGACGAAUGUCAUAAACACGUCGGCAGCUUCAUACAAUCCUUCGCCUUCAGCCAUUUCUCCGCACCAGCUCCAGCAACAACAAUCCACCGCGACUGCCCCCCCGCAGACACUGCCUCCUCUCCAGCCCAGCAACACGGUCAUGCAGCAACCUCCUUCCUACGGCAGCUACCCUCACACCCCGAGAACUGCAACCCCCAACACGCCUGCUUCUACUAGCAACAUGGCCAGCUACCCUCCCCCUCCCCCCAACGGCGCGGGCCGCGGCGCUGGCUAUCCCAUGAUGGGCAGCAACCCGUAUCCCCAGCAGUCCUACGCGACAUCUUCGGCCAUGAUGCCCCAGUCCACCACCGCCGCCUCGCAUCCCCAGCCCAUUGCCCCGGCCCCGUCCCCGGCUAACGGCCGUGUACCCCCGGUGCUCCGCCCGAUGCCGGCUGGUGGAGUCAUGCAGCCCGGCAUGAACUCUCCCUACGGCCAGAGCCCACUCAUCGCCGCUCAAGCGUCAAUGCUUCCCGAGGGCGAUCAGCCCACCCACGUGGUUGGCUCCCAGGGACGCCGAGGCAUUCUUCCUAGCGCGCCUGGAAAGCCCGCCGCUCCGGCUGCCGGCAGCGCGUCUGCUAAGAACCAGAUUCCCCAGAAGGAUGCCGAUGGCAAGUUCCCUUGCCCGCACUGCACAAAAACCUACCUCCAUGCCAAGCACCUCAAGAGGCAUCUACUCCGCCACACCGGCGACCGCCCCUACAUGUGUGUCUUGUGCCGUGAUACCUUCUCGAGAAGUGAUAUUUUGAAGCGUCAUUUCAUCAAGUGCUCCGUUCGUCGCGGUAACCCCACUGGCGCCAGCCAUUUGUCGCACCCCCAGGCCCAUGUCAAGAAGAAUGCGCAGGCCCAACAAAAGGCUAUGGGUGAGGGUGGCGAUGUGAACCACAUGAAUGGUAUGGGCAACAUGACCGCUGACGGCAUGGUCCACCCUUUUGGUCUCAUCCCCACCUCCGAUAGCAUGAACAACAUGGGCAACAACCAGGAUCAACUGUCGAGAUCUAGCAGCAUCAAUAGGAUUGACGACGCGAAUCGCGACAGGAGAAGCAUGACUGGUUCCGUUAUGGGCGGUACCACUCGCGGAGGCAGCUUCGAUCAGACCUACAACGGUCAGGAGGUUAACAACAACAUGACCGCCAACAUCAACCCCCAGCUUGCCAACUACAGCAUGCCCCAGCAGCAGAAUGGCAUGCAAAUGUUCGGUGGAUCGGGCGGUACCGAUUGGUCCCAGAUGUUCCAGAACGGUCCCGAACGCAGUCAAACCCGUGCUUAGGAAACGCCGGUUAAGAGCGAAGAAGCCGAGCGGUUGGAGUAUCUGACGACAAUCGAUUCGAACCGCCCCUCGUCCCCCCCCCUGUCGGAGUGAGCUGGCUAGCCGAUAGCCUCAUCAACAAAAUUACCAAAACCAACAAAAAUCAUUUAUUUACCUGGCCAGAUCCCUCCGGCACCG